CCCUCCAUCCCAGUCAGCCGCCCGCUCUGGCUGGUGUAGUGUCAUUCCCUCCCUACAGCUGAGGGAGCUUCUGUCUUCUGUUAACACAGCGCUCCUCAUCCCCCCUCCCUCCCCCUUCUCUCUCUGUGUUGUCCGCUCGGAGGGCUUUCCUUGGAGCGCCACAGCCUUUAUCCCACUCCCGUCCAGUGAGCCGUGAUCGGCUCCUUCAGAGCAACUUCUGCCUCCCUCGCUCAUCCUUCUUCUCUUGGUUUGCUAUGUCGGCAGAUUUUUCUCUUUUGCUUUUCUUUUUCUUCGUUGACCCCUGGCUUCUAAAGGGGUAACCACAGAGUGACGUCUCGUUUUGGAGUAGUAUUGUACCCUGGUUUGCGUGUGUGUGAAUGAGAGUGUUUCAGCCUGCUUAAAUGCCUGAGCACGAGUGUGAGGGAGAUUGUGUGUGUGUGUGUGUGUGAGAGAGAGAGAGAGAGUAUUUGCUGUAAGAGUGCGCAUGUGCCGUGAUUGACCGCGCACUGUGUGUGUGCCAGUAUAUACGCUUUUGCGGGGGCAUGCCGGGUCGGAGUGUGUGUCUCAGACAGUGUGUGUGUUCACGUCACUCUGUGACUGCUGUGGUGCAUCUCUGGGGGGAGGAGGAGGAUAGGAUAUGAGCGGGCCUGGGCAGUGCUAGAGGGCCAUGCAGACUCUGAGCAGGCUGCAGACCUGUGGCGCUCGUACGAUGAUGGCCAUGGUCCGCACCUCCCUUCAGAAAGUGGUGGUCUUCCUACACAGGCUCCAGAGAAUGGCCAUCUCAUCCCCACGUUAUCACAAACUCUGCAAGGAUAUCCAGGCAGAGAUCGAUGCCCAUAAUGAUAUCUAUAAGAGUGUGGACGGGAAUAAACCCAAGAUGGUCAAGUCCCUGGGGACGUCUGAGGAGGCAGUGUUUCUGCAGCACCGACUGGACGACAUGAACCAGCGCUGGAGUGACCUCAAGACCAAAUCUGCCAACAUACGGGCUCACCUGGAGGCGAGUGCGGAGCGUUGGAGUCGUCUUCAGAGCCUGCUGGAGGAGCUGUGGAGGUGGAUCUGUCUGAAGGAGAAGGAACUGGCCAAACAGAUGCCCAUAGGAGGAGAUGUCCCCACCCUGCUGCAGCAGCACAACCACUGCAAGGUGUUGCGGUCGGAGCUGAAGGACCGCGAGCAUGUUGUUGCCAAUACACUGGACCAGGCACACACAUUCCUGGCUGACCAGCCCAUCGAGGGGCCGGGAGAACCAUGCAAGAACCUACAGACCAAAACAGACCUGACUCCAGAGGAGAAGGCGCAGGGUGUGGCCAGGGCCAUCAGGAAGCAGACAGCGGAGGUGCAGGAGCGUUGGGAGCGUCUGCAGGACCACGCUGGUGGAUGGCAGAGUCAGGUAGAAAGGGCAUUUGAGAGGCUACAAGAGCUCCAGAGCAACAUGAACCAGCUGGACCUGCGGCUAGCCAGGGCAGAAGAGACCAAGGCUGGCUGGCAGCCUGUAGGAGACCUGCUCAUAGACUCACUGCAGGAACACAUAGAGAAGACCACGGCUUUCAAGGAAGCGAUGGCCCCUUUGAGGCAGGACGUGAAUGUGGUGAAUGAGCUGUCUGGUGAACUAGCUCCUCUGGAUGUGCAGCUGUCCUCCACCUCCUCCAGGCAACUGGAUGACCUCAACAUGCACUGGAAACUACUACAGGUGGCCAUUGAAGAGAGACUAAAGGUCCUUCAGGAAGCCCACAGAGACUUUGGCCCUUCCUCCCAGCUCUUCCUAUCCACCUCUGUGCAGCUCCCGUGGCAGAGGGCGCUCUCUCAGAAUAAGGUUCCGUACUACAUCAACCACCAGACUCAGACUACCUGCUGGGACCAUCCAAAGAUGACAGAGCUCUACCAAUCGCUUGCCGACCUAAACAACGUAAGAUUUUCCGCUUACAGAACAGCCAUGAAAAUCCGCAGGCUACAGAAAGCACUAUGCUUGGACCUGUUGGACCUGAAGGUGGCCCAGAGCACCUUUGAACAACACAAGCUUACCCAGAAUGCCCAGCUGCUGACAGUGCCUGAUGUGAUCAACUGUCUGACAUCCAUUUAUGACGGGCUGGAGCAGCAGCACAAGGACCUCGUCAAUGUUCCGCUGUGUGUCGACAUGUGUCUCAACUGGCUGCUAAAUGUCUAUGACACUGGACGCAGUGGGAAGAUUCGUGUCCUGUCCAUGAAGAUAGGAUUGCUCUCGCUCUCCAAGGGCCAUUUGGAGGAGAAAUACAAAUACCUGUUCAGUCAGGUUGCAUCGUCAGGGGAUAAGUGUGACCAGAGACAGCUGGGUCUGUUGCUCCAUGACGCUAUCCAGAUACCACGGCAACUAGGAGAGGUCGCCGCCUUCGGAGGGAGCAACAUCGAACCCAGUGUCCGGAGCUGCUUCCAACACGUGACCAAUAAGGUGGAGCUGGAGCCCAGGCAGUUUGUUGAUUGGAUGAGACUGGAGCCCCAGUCUGUGGUGUGGCUUCCUGUGCUACAUAGAGUGGCGGCUGCUGAGACCGCCAAGCACCAGGCCAAGUGUAACAUCUGUAAAGAGUGUCCCAUUGUAGGGUUCAGGUAUCGCAGUCUGAAGCACUUUAACUAUGAUGUGUGUCAGAGCUGCUUCUUCUCUGGACGAACCGCCAAGGGCCACAAGCUCAACUACCCCAUGGUGGAGUACUGCACGCCGACCACGUCAGGUGAGGACAUGCGUGAUUUCACCAAGGUGCUGAAAAACAAGUUCCGCUCCAAGAAGUACUUUGCCAAGCACCCCCGUUUGGGCUAUUUACCAGUCCAGACUGUUCUUGAUGGAGACAGUAUGGAGAUUCCCGUCACUCUCAUCAGCAUGUGUCCGGAGCAGUAUGAACUGGCUCAGAUGGAACGCUCCAAUGGUUCUCUGCCCACUGACAGCAGCUCAACUACAGGAAGCAUGGAUGAUGAGCAUGCUAUGAUCCUGCAGUACUGCCAGAACCUAGGGGGGGAGGUGUCUCCCUGCAGCCAGCCCCAGAGCCCUGCCCAGAUCCUACAGGCCGUGGAGAGAGAGGAGCGGGGAGAGCUGGAGCGAAUCAUCCAGCGUCUGGAGGACGAGCAGUGGACCCUGCAGAGGGAGUAUGAGCAGCUGAAGGAGCAGCAUGGGGGUCAGUGGGGGCCUGGUUCUGUGGGGCUCUGGGACCCUGAGGGGUCAUCUCACCCCAGGGGUCCUGAUGAGGCUGACCUGCUGGCUGAGGCCAAACUGCUCCGGCAGCACAAGGGCCGUCUGGAGGCCCGCAUGCACAUACUGGAGGAGCACAACAAACAGCUGGAGUCCCAGCUCCACCGGCUCAGACAGCUACUGCACCAGGUGGGGAACACAUAGAGGGACACAUACAGUAUACGCACACACGGACACACACCAACUCAGACAGCUUGUUAGUGCAAUAUGUGUGUUGAUAACACACACAGAGAGACAAACAUGCAUGAUUUUUUUUAGGUGUGUGGAAAUAAAAUCUCUCCAACCAAACAGAGUCAAUCAGAGCAGAUAAACGGCAGGCAGGUAGGUUUUGACCCAGGUCCCUGGAGCUGAAAGAUGAGAGGCAAAGCAUUAAGUAACCUCAGCCUGGGGGAGAAAAAGUGACUCGGCUGAUUUUGAGGGGAUUAGGGGCUCAUUGAAACCUUGCAAGACACACACUCACAAACACACACUCACACUCAUGCACACACACACCACACACACCACAGCCCGGUAUCUUACACAAACAUGAACAUCCAAGCAUAGACACAUCCAUGCAUACACAGAGUCCUCAGAUAUCCAGAUCCUGACUCAGCCACAAUGAACAUUAUUUUUAUUUUUUUAACUUUAUUUUUUCAAACUGUUGUUUGAACGAGAUUAUAAAUCAUUCAAAAGAUAUACUAAGUCGUUCAAAUGAGAUUUAUUUAAAAAAUGUGCCUUCUGUAGUUCUCUGACAUUCACAGAAUAUGUCACGGCUUCCGCCGAAGUUGAUUCCUCUCCUUGUUCGGGCGGCGUUUGGCGGUCGGCAUCGUCUGGUUUUCUAGCCGUCAUUGAUCCAUUUUUCAUUUGUUCUGUCUCGUCUUCCCACACACCUGGUUUCAAUUCCAUUAUUACAUGUUGUGUAUUUAACUCUGUUACCCCCCCAUGUCCCUGUUCGGAAUUGUUUAUUGUAAGUGCUUGUGCACGUUAUUUCUGGUGUGCGAUGGGUUUUGUACCCAUUGUAUUGAUUGUUUUGUUUACGGUGAUUUUUAUUAUUAAACUGCGCCGUUGUAACACAGUUUUUGCUCUCCUGCGCCUGACUUCUCUGCCAACAGUGCGCACCCCUUACAGAAUAAAUGUUCAUUAAUCUUUUCAGCUCAUCAUUGUCAGUUUAUGGCUAACCAAAUGUGUCUGGAUCUCUGAAGUGAGGCAUAAGAUAGAUGUUCCUAAUUGACAGGAAACAUUUGAAAAUGUAUUCAUUUUUUGGUUGCAGAAAUGCCUUCUUGAAUCUUAAUAACAAACUCAUAGGUGAUCUGUAAAUAUGAAUAAGUAAUAAUAAUUACGGAGGAUUCUUCCUUGCUACACUUGAUUGGCUAAGACAAUGGUGGGGCUGGUCAUGCUGAGAAAUGAAUCCGUAUUGGUCUGCCAUUCCACAGGCUACUGUCUAACAGAAUGACUUUGAUAGGGGUGGGGGCCAAAGAAGAUCUGAAUUCCUCACGAGGGGCCGCAGUGGCUCACAGGGUCUGCGUACCCACAUCCAUACCCGCACAAGCAGUCAGAGCUGGCCCUAGCCUUUUGGGGGAACCCUCACCUUGCAAGCAAAACAAUUUAAACAAAACAGCUGAGAAAUUCUAAUCAUUUUUCCAAGGGGCUGAGAGAAAAUGCAGUUUUACAGCAAAUUUGUGAAAUGAAAUUCUACUAAUUUUACCAUAGUGUGGAGAGAAAUACUUUUACAUGUGAAAUAAGUUUUAAAUGUGAUGUGAGUGAGAGUGACAAAAACAAAUGAUGGCCCAACAGUCGGAAAUUUGACCAUGAUUACUACAAGUUAGAUAGCUAGCUAGCUAAAAAAUGUUAUGAGUGACAUGAGUUAAUUGAGUGACAGUCAGUGACUGACAUAACGAGAUAAACUGCGUAUGCACAACCACAUUUUGAAAAUGCUAAUUGAGUAUUCAUUAUACCAUUUUCAACUCUCAACAGUUGGGACACCGACGGAGUUCCGCAUUUUUGAUUAUUAUAUUUGUGUGUGGGGGGCAGGGUUGACCAUGCGGGCUGCCAGUUGCCCGUCCCUGGUCUACACUAUGAUUUGUUGGCUUUUACCAAUGUAUCUUUAGUAUUAAAAUGUUACUGAAACAUUGAUCUGACUGCUAUACUGUAUUUCACAUACAACUCUAUCUCAUGUGGCAUACUGUAAUGAAUCACUUAUAGUAGAUAGUAACAAAAUAGGUUGAUUUGAUAAAAUUGGUCAGGCAAUGUCUGGUUGUGAAGCUGAAUCAUAAUAGUAUAAUUACAACAGACCCAUUACAUCCUCUGCCUCCUUGAAUCCCAUGUAGACUCCUGACGGUGAGGGAUAUUUGCGCCGAAUCGCACAAACUACACAUGCAGGCAAGACUCUUCUUUUCCCUCAUCCCAGUCUCGCUCCCUUCAGUGCCCACUCCAACACCAGUCGAUAUCCAACCAGCCUGUAUUGACUACGAACAAAUAUAAGUUAUUUGUGAAUAGCUAAAUAUUAUAAAAAUGUUAUUAAAUCUAAUAACAAGAAACAAUUUGAUUUGAGUGCAAUUAUAAAGCACAAGUUAUCAAUAGAUUAUCUUCUUUAGAUUUUGUUACUUUGUGCUGGGACAAGCAAGAAUAAUGUCACUUAUUUGAUAGACAGGUGUCCGUUCAGUCCAGCAGGUAUGAGCUGCUUCUUCCAGUUUUAUUUUUAACUCCAGGAUUGAUGAGCGCAGAAAAGUCUUCGAGGUUUGUUACACAAUCUCUGGGUGUGCUGCUCUCUUUGCUGUAGAUAUCAAGCCCCCCAAUCUAUGGCAUAACAAGUCCCACUCUGUGCAGCACAAACACUCAUCGUUGGUUGCCAUGGGUUGACAAGCCCCGCAGUUGCACCACCACUCCCCCUCAGACCUGCUCCUGGUAGCUCGGCUACAGGCUCCGUUGAUUCAGCCUCAUUCUGUGUUGCUCAGCGUCGAAUAAAUAUGGCUCUGUAUAAAAAAAAGAUAUCUCAAAGUCCGACAUGAUUUAUCAAAAUGUUAUGAUGAUUUGCCAAUACGAAGAAAGCUAGCUACUUUAGCUGCUACAGUACGCAACAGCUGGCUGUCUCCUGGGAGUUUUGUUUACAAAACCCCAGCAAGCCUUGCAGGAAGAGAGCGCAGGCAGAACACAAAGUAGUCCGUAAAUGAGGAAGUUGAUAGAAUCUUAUUUCUUAAAUUAUCAGCACAGUUAACUGGUGUUUAAAAUAUUGAUAGCUAUGUAUAGCUUUGUAAGACCUUAAAUGACAAACCACCCAGUUUAGGAGUAGUAAGAAGAGGAGAAGCUGUGCUAAUGAUAUGCUACCUUCAACUUCCUUCAAAUUGCACACAGAGACAUAAAAAUGGAUCCAUGAUUUCGGCUGUAGGAAAUUACCCAAAAUACCAAUGUAGGCCUCUAAAUCCGAAUCAAUUGUAAUAAACGCUAAACAAAAAAUAAGAUAUUUUGUACUGCAUGUUCAGGUUUUAUUAGAGAGCUCUGUGUAGUCAGUGCAAUUUUCAGUGAACCCUACAGACAUUGUGUGAAUGCUCUGGAGAGGUUUCCAUCACGUUAACCUUUAAUACCGCUGGGGACUGAAUAGGAGUUAGGAGACGAGCCAGAGAUUGUACAGACAGGGAGAGAGGAGAGGAGCGAGGGAUGGUAUAGACAGGCAGGCUAAUUUGAUUGUCUCUGGAAAGCUAAGGGGCAUAUUGGACUAGAUAAUAAAUGUCAGUGGAUAUCAGGUGCCCUGUUCUGUGUGCGUGCGUGUUCAUACAUGCUUUUACUGCAUUGAUGAACUGUCAAGUUUGCUUGAAGAUCCUUAAAAACAUGUUGAGUAUGCUGUCUUACAGUAUUAACUUUGUUUAUCCAUUUUAUUGGUAUUAUGUCUCUCUCUCUUUUUCAUGGUAACUGAAAUACCUUAGCCAAGUACACAACAUGGAUUCACAGAAGUUUCUAAGCCGGUUCCCCAUGAAAUAAUUAUACUUUUUCAUGACUAAAAGUCAUCGAAUUAAACUAACAAGACUCCAAACCCUUAGACAUUUAGCGGAACUCAAAGACAUGGAGUGACGGUGUUUGACACAAAUUGGGACAGGGCAAUAGACACAUGUAAAUAUUACUACACUUGAUGACAUAUUUGAUCCCAGCCACAUCGUGUCACACUGUGUGGUAUUUCCUUGUAUGUGACUGAUGAUUUCUUUGCAGAGCAAUAUUUUGUUUGAUGCCUCCACAAGUGAAGUAUGCCACUAUAAAUAAUGAAGAGUGAGGACUCCAUGUUUUAGUAAUGAUGCUUGUCCUUGUCUCUCUCCAUCCCUGUUCUUUACUUUUCUUUCUGACUUUGU